AGUUGCUACGCACACUUAUUGACGCUGAAAGAACGUGAAGCAGCCCCAGAUGGAGUACCGAAAUAUUGGUUUAUGCCUUGUCGGGUCUCUCAUGAAAAUCUUGGGUUGUCAUGCUCUGUUAGCACUUGGGCAAGACAACAAAAUUGGAGGGAUCUAUUUUACGGCAAGUUGGCAAAAACUGAACAUAUGUGUGUCCCGGUCAUAUGCAAAACUAAAACUCCCCACUGGUUCAUGUGUGACAUAGACAUGUUGGCGAGUAAGGCAUUCAUUUGGGACAGCCUGAAAACACCACGCGGGAAGGAUCUGAAAGAUUUCCGUGUACGAGCUGCUUCUGAAAUGUUAAGAACACUUGAUGAUCUUCUCCAAGUGGAUAUGGCUCUGGAAUUAGGAGAGAAAUUUAACUUUGCAUCACUUCCCCUAGAUUACGCAAGACGAGUGCCGCAGCAAGAUAAUGGGGUAGAUUGUGGAGUAUAUGUAAUGAAAUUCAUGGAACAUUUCUUCAAUAGAGGCAAUGUUGCUGAAAUUGAUGUUGAGCAUGUAACCAGUCAAGACAGGUUUAAUAUCAUGAUGAAUCUAAUUCAGCAUCCAAAAAAUGAGUGUAGGGCUACUGUUUUGGCAGAUGUUGCUGAGAUGUAUUCAGUUAACAAUGUCUUAGAUGUUCCCCCAUCUACUCCUGUACAUACUGACAAGGAAUUGGUUAUCAAGUCUCCUGAGAAAUCCCCUGUUGAUCCAAGGUUUAAAAGUAAGAAGUCGCGAGCGAAAAACAUGGUGCCUUCGUCGUCAACUAAGUCCAGGAAGAGAAUGUCCAGCGGCAGUAAUCUGACUAUGAGAGACUUGGUCGGAGACAAUGAGUAGCAUUUGAGUACUUUUUAAUUGGAAGAAUACUUGGUUAUUUUGUCUGUAGAUGUUUAUUAUGGAACUAUUUGCAUGAGAUGUUUAUGCCUUGAUAUGCCUUUUAGAAUAUGCAUUGUUAAGCAAUUAUAUAAUUUGUAUAUGUAACUACCUUGUGGGUCUUGUAUAUGCAAGACAUUAACCAAAUGUAACCAAAUAUUGUGUUACAAUAUAUGAUAUGCAUGUUUAGUUAUGAUCUUAGAUAUUAUCUUUAUGAGUUAGAAAUAAUUUUUCUUAUUGAAAUAAAUAUUUAUUGUGUGAUUCUUACCUCAACUUAAGAUGUUUAUUAUGGAACUAUUUGCAUUAGAUGUUUAUGCCUUGAUAUGCCUUUUAGAAUAUGCAUUGUUAAGCAAUUAUAUAAUUUGUAUAUGUAACUACCUUAUGGGUCUUGUAUAUGCAAGACUUUAACCAAUUGUAACCAAAUAUUGUGUUACAAUAUAUGAUAUGCAUGUUUAGUUAUGAUCUUAAAUAUUAUCUGUAUAAGUUAGAAAUAAUUUUUCUUAUUUAAAUAAAUAUUUAGGGUUUAGUUCUUACCUCAACUUAAGAUUUUUUACACAAUACAACUUGCUAUUUUGCAACUAUACAAAAAUUGUUUGCUUGUAAUAAUUUAAUUUUAUUCACAUUUUCAAAAACUAUAUUAUAAAUAUGCAUAGUAAAAAAUUUUAUAUUAAUUAAAAAGAAAAAGUUUAACUCAUUGUCCUUUCAACUCUUCAUGAUAAAUAUUACUAAAAAAGAUAAAAUAAACUUUUACAAGAAAACUAAAACCAACUUUGUUUAAUAUUUUGAAAUAACAGCCAUUAAGAAAAAAAGCCAACUAGAUAUAAAGAAAUCACAACUAAAUAACUAUCAAAUUUAAGUUCUUUUUUUUCUUCCCCUUCGAACAUACUUCAUCAAGUCGCAUCUCCAAACGCUUUGUGUAUUGGCUCACAGCUUCACGUUUGAGGGUGAUAAACUUAACAUCCAG